AGAACUUGUUUACACUUCUGCGUUUAUGUCUUACUGCAAAAAGCAUAUCCAGCAUAUACUCAGAGGGUUUACAGAAAUAAUCGAUUGCCUUCUGGUGUGACCGAGUACAGAAUUCCCGUAGAGUUUAAGGACAAGCUAAAGACUGAAGGUCUGAAGGUAUUCCAAUCACUGAUGUUCUCGGCUGGUGACGCUUAUGAUCUCUGGUGGACAGGACAAGAAUUCAAAGACAUGCGUGUAGAGGCUUGUGCACAAAUGCUUGAACAUGAUCCAAAGGUCUUCGAAAGGUUUCGGAACGAGAAGUUCGACUUGGCAAUCGCUCAUUUCCAUGACCUUUGUCCUCUAGCGAUUGCACGAAAAAUAGGAAUAGAAAAAUCCAUUACUGCUUCAGGUGCGGUCGGUCAAAAUGAACCAGAUCUCUGGGACUUAUCGAAAAAUGUACCGGCUUUAUUGAUCAAUGGUGAACGUAUGUUGGACUUUCCACGGCCGCUUCCGAUUCAUAUCAGCUUCUCCGGAGAACUGGGAUUGAAAAAGCCUGCAAAGAAGGUGGAUUUCGAUGAUAAUCUUCAGACGAUUCUUCAGAAACCGUCCGAGGGCUUGAUUGUGUUCUCUCUCGGCACCGUCUCCAACACCACAAAUAUGCCUCAGCAAAUGAUUAAAUCGUUUGUUGGAGCGUUUGCUAUGUUGAGCGAUUAUACCAUCCUGUGGCGUAUGGAGGGUAAGGUAGACGAAGCGAUCCCACUAAAACACGUUCACCUGCUCAAAUGGUUACCACAAAAGGAUAUUAUGAAAUUACCCAACAUGAAGCUGUUGAUAGCUCAUGGUGGAUACAACUCGUUCCUAGAAACAGCACAGGCAGGAGUUCCAGCAGUGUUGAUGCCUCUUUUUGCCGAUCAAAAGAUUAACGCUAUGCGAGCACAACGAUUCGGUAUCGCCAGGGUAUUGGACAAGCUGAAUCUUACACCAGAAAUCGUUUACGAAGCUAUAACUGAUGUACUUGGAAAUGAGACAUAUACAACUCGGGCACGAAAACUUUCCAUGAUGCUGACAGACAAGCCAACAGAUCGGCCCUACUCUUCACUGAAUUAUAUCUUGAAACUGGCUACCAGUAAUGCCAAAUACUUCACACUUCGAGCCGCUCAGCACUUGUCUUUCUAUGCAUUCUACAGCUUGGAUCUCAUUGCCAUCCUUGGCGCCGUUGUUAUUGUGUUAUCAAUGAAUAUUUAA